AAACUGUCACCUGGAAUUUUUUGUUCUUCACGUAAAUUACAUUGUUGUAAAAUAUUGUGGAUUUCUAGGAUUUUUAUAGGAUUUAAGGGAUCUCUGGGGCCUCCUCGUAGACAGUGUGAUACAGGAUCUCAAGUGCUGGUGGAGGAAAGUCCAUUGAAAUGAGCUUCUUGUUCGGAAGCAGAUCCAGUAAGACUUUCAAGCCAAAAAAGAACAUUCCCGAAGGGACGCAUCAGUAUGAUCUUAUGAAGCAUGCCGCGGCGACGCUAGGAUCCGGGAACCUGCGGAAUGCCGUGGCUCUGCCCGAUGGCGAGGACCUCAACGAGUGGGUGGCUGUUAACACUGUGGACUUCUUUAAUCAGAUAAACAUGCUGUACGGCACGGUGACGGAGUUCUGCACGGAGGAGAACUGCGGAGUGAUGUCAGCGGGGCCAAAGUACGAGUAUCACUGGGCGGACGGGCAGACGGUGAAGAAGCCGAUCAAGUGCAGCGCCCCCAAAUACAUAGACUACCUAAUGACGUGGGUGCAGGAUCAGCUGGAUGACGAGACGUUGUUCCCAUCGAAGAUCGGCGUGCCCUUCCCAAAGAACUUCCUGACCAUCGCCAAGACGAUACUUAAGCGAUUGUUCCGCGUGUACGCCCACAUCUACCACCAGCACUUCUCGGAAGUGGUGCGGCUGGGAGAGGAGGCCCACCUCAACACAUCCUUCAAGCACUUUAUAUUCUUCGUGCAGGAGUUCAAUCUGAUCGACAGGCGCGAGCUGGCACCCCUGCAGGAGCUGAUCGACAAGCUAACGGCCAAGGAUGGCACCGGGCGGCAGAUGUAGGAGCUUUCAUUCAUAACCCCCCUAUUUAAGGUACAUCUGUAGGCAUUACUUCUUUUACAAUUUUAUAUUGGAGACUCCUCCGUUAAUUUCCUCCUUCUCUCCGGGUGAAAAGUGAUUUGUGUGUCUCAAUCAGACGAACAGGGUAGCUAAAAUUAAGAUGCUUGACGCACUCGAGCGCGUGUUAACGGCGCAUCGUGUGUGUCUGCGGAGGCGAUUGAAUUUUUGAUAUUGAAGAGAGAAAAAUAUGAUAUUUUUGUACAUAUAAACUCCGUAGUCCGGAAGGACGACGAGUGAGGAGAAUCGGUGAAAGUUCCAGGAUGAACAUCUUCACCAGAACGCUUGGCAUUUCGUUCGCAUAAAUGGAAGGAGAUUGUAGGAUAUGAAAUUUUGAGGAAAUUGGCGAUGGAGAUAAAUUUAUCACGUAAAAGUGCACCAGUCACUUUUCGCCUCGUCCCCUGUGUUAAAGUGCAACAUUACAUAUAAGGUUUAUAUCAGUAAACUGAAAGCUUGAAGAUCAUGACAAAAUGUUGAGCCACCCCCGUUCUCAGUACUUUCUUCUAAGCACGAGAAAUCGAGAGAGAAAAUCCACAUGGAGAAAUUGCACGGAAAUGCUAUUUAUUGCCCCAGAAAUAAGUAAUAAUAACUGAAUGUCGAAAUACCGUGUCGAGUCACAGAGAGUUGCCUUAUCUUUCAGAUGCCGUAGACGAUAUUGGGAGGAAGAUAAUUUGUCUCGAAGUGGGUAGCAUUGUACAUUUUAGCAUUUUAAAUGAGAGAUAAUAUCCCGAAGUCAUUCGGACAUAUUUUGAAUACGAUUUCAGCAAAUUUUCACAGUAACACUUAAUCAAGCGCAUAGAAUAUUGAACUUUAGCGAUCGCAAUUCGAUGACUCGAUUUGUAAGAUGUUUCCGAAAUUAUGUAGAAGUUAUUCUUUCUCUCGCAAUUGAACGUGAUCUUAGUUGUUCUCGCCCUCCGGUAAGUUAAUUACUCCUUCUUGUUAUAUCAAACAGAGAUGCUUCGUUUUGAAAUAGUGAGGACUAUACUUUACAUUAGAUUUUGUGUAUACUUGAUAAUAAACUAUUUGCGUAAAAUAAUAAA